AUCAAUGCGACGUAGACAAGUGCAGUUUGAGCUAUCUAGAGGCUCACGGAACUUCUACUGUCGUUGGUGAUCCAGAAGAGUGUUAUGCUAUCGACACGGUCUUUACGAAGCAUCGAAAACAACCACUGCUGAUUGGUUCAGUCAAAUCCAAUAUUGGGCACUCAGAAGCUGCUUCGGGUCUAUGUUCUAUCACAAAAUGUAUAAUAGCAAUGGAAUCCGGCUUUAUUCCACCAAACCUCAACUUUACUACACCCAGAAAAGAAAUAAAAGGAAUUGUAGAAGGUAGGAUGAAGGUGGUCGUAGAUAAAAUGCCAUUUGAGGAUGAUAGGAGCUUGAUAGGCGUUAGCAGUUUCGGGUUUGGUGGCAGUAACUGUCACGUGCUGCUCAAAAGGAACCCGAAAGAAAAAAUUAAUAAAGGAUUACCGGAAGAUAACCUUCCAAGGUUGGUUUGUGUGAGUGGAAGAACAACUGAGGCUGUAAACGCUUUACUGGAUGCUGUUUCUCGCAAUGGACUGGACGCCGAGUUUGUUGGAUUACUACAUGAAGGAUAUAGAAGAAAUGUGGAGGAUCAUUUGUAUAGAGGCUACGCAAUAGUAACAAAGACAGGAGAGAUUAGUAGGUCCUUGAAAUGUUCUCCGGGGUCUUGUAAACCCCUUUAUAUUGUUUUUGGAGAAUUGGAUAAUUGGCGUAACAUCGGGCACCAAUUGAUGGUUUUGCCCACUUUUUCUGCUUUCAUUCAAAGGUUACAAAAUAAUCUAUCGACUAAAGGAGUCCACAUCUGGGAUUUGUUACUUAAUAGGAGAGUUGGAGAAAAAAAUAGCAGUCAAGUGUUGGGCAGUAUUGUGGUACAAGCUGGUAUAAUAGAGGUUCUGAAUUUAUUAUGCAUAAAACCAAAGGCUUACCUAAGUUAUUCUUUUGGAGGGUUACUUUCUUCAUACUGCAAUGAUCUUCUAUCUUUAGAAGAAACUGUUAAUUGUGCUUUGGUUAUAGAUGAGGCU